AUGGUCGCAACCCGACUUUCAGGGGCGACCGUGUUGUUGUCCCUGGUUCUCUCGACCUUUGUUCGCACCGCUCUCGCCAAAAACACGGUAUAUAUCCAGGGAACGGGCAUCGAUGGCGUGCAGCGAGACCUCGACGUGAGCCGGUACCCCGCGCUCUAUACCCAAGAUUUCGACGAUUGUCUCCAAGGCCAAAGUUUGUUUAACAUCACCAAAUUUGACGCCGCGUACUAUGCCGACAAUCUUACCGUUGUCUUCCAUCUCGAUGGCGUUACAAAUGUCCGAAACGAGAACUUAGUCUUGUAUCUGAACAUCGAAGCCUACGGCAUCAGUCGAUUCAACAUCUCCUACGACCCUUGCAAGUCGGGCAUACACUCCAUGUGCCCCUUGAACUCGAGCAUUCCCGUGUCGGCCGCUGCCAUCAUCCCCGUCACUGCCGACCAAGUAGCCGAAGUUCCCUCGAUCGCUCUCGAUAUCCCCGACGUCGAAGGCUUUGCGCGCCUACAUGUGUUUGCCAACUCGAGUCGGACAGAAAUCGGCUGUUUCCAGGCGGCCCUCACCAACGGCCAAACCUUCUCGCAACCUCAUGUCAUCGGGUCGAUCCUCGGAGUCUUCACCUUCUUUGCCGCCGUUGCAUCCUUCGUCACUGCCGCAUACGGCGUGAGCCUGGCGCACAUCAGAACCCACUACGCACACUCCUUCUCCGUGCUCGUCCUCUUCGAAACCUUCCAGUCCAUAUUCUUCUCUGGUGCUCUGACCCUAAGCUGGCCUAGUGUUCUUCCAGCUUGGUGGAGUAACUUUGCAUGGUCUGCGGGCAUGUUCACCACCACGCGCAUCACCCACGCUAUCCUGCCGUUCACGGGUAACUUCCGCAACGUCAGCCAGGUGGGUGGAGCAGGUUGGAUACCGCUAAACAACAGAGGAGGGCUUGCACGCCAGAUCUACGGACGGGACAUGAUUUUUGGACGGGAUGUUGCGGUUGAUUCCGAUGACAGCAGAGUCUCGUCCAUCCUGCUGGAACUCGAGCAUGAGACACAGUAUAAUGCGAGCGAUCCCUACGCCUACAACUGGAACGGCGGACCCAAGACUCCCGGGCUACCUCUGCCGGGAACCUGGCCUGGCUUUGGAGGAGUCUUGUCAGUCGUUAACAUGCCAGUCUCGGAGGCUUUCAUCAUUGGAAUCAUAUGGAUCGCCGUUGUCGUCGCAGCCGUGGUGGUCUUCAUAGCUGCCUUCAAGCUUAUUCUUGAGCUGCUGGCAAAGCUGAAGUUGCUCAAGACGGAUGGUUUCGACUUCUUCCGUUCCCACUGGGCUGGCUAUAUAGGUGCUGGUGUCUUCCGCACAUUCUUCAUCGCCUUCUCCGUUGUGAUGGUCUUGACUCUGCGACAGUUUGCGCUGGCUGGGCCUGCAGGACCAACGGCCAUUGCCGCCGUGGUGUUUGCUCUCUUCCUAUUUGGCUUGGGGAGCAUCGCCGCAUAUGCCUGCAUGUUCAGACUUAGACGCGGCAAGUUCGAGGUCUCCCCCGACACGAUCCGGUUGGAGCGCGGCUUUCUCUUCCAGCGCAUCCCGUUCGUGGCUGCUACUCGGUCCAGUAAGAUUGACUCGGGCGAACCUGCGGACCAGCAACCUCCCGUCUACCUGUCUCUGCCUUUCCUGCAGAUCAAUUUUAUCGAGGACGAACCUCACCGCCCGGCUGUCCACCACGAUGAGCAUUAUAUCAAGCGGUUCGGAUGGCUCUUUGCCCGGUACAGACGCAGCCGAUGGUGGUACUUCCUCCCUUACAUGGUCUACCAGUUUGUACGGGCGUGCUUUAUUGGAGGUGCAGCUGCGUCGCCGCUUGCACAGGUCUACGGGCUCUUCAUUCUUGAACUGCUAGCUGUGCCUCUCAUCAUCAAGCUGAGCGCCUUCGAAAGCAACAGGAACGUUGUCGUGUCAGGGUGGAUGCUCUCCAUCUCCAAGAUCAUCACAACCGGCCUCUCGAUCGCCUUUCUUCCCGAUUUCGACCUCAACCGCACCGUCACGACUGUUCUCGGCUUCAUCAUCAUUGUCGUGCAGGCAUUCCUCUCCGUGGCUGUCUUGGUCAUGGUCAUCCUGGGCAUGAUAUCCUCCUGGAUGUCCCUCACCCGGAAUUCGGAACGGUUCCCUGAGAAGCUCGAACGCACCAGAGUAUCGUACUUCGAGCACAUCGCCGAGCGGUCAAAGGACAAUCGACGAGAGAGGCGGCGCCGACAGCGUCUACGAGCAUCCCGACAAGCGAGACGCGAGCUUGCGCCUACCCCUGCCAUGACAGAGACGACAGCCCCUUCGCGACCCCAGUCCACCUCAUCCUUCACCGUCGGUCAAGUGCGACGCGUGCAGAAGAUGGAGGAACUAGCCGCAAACAUCCCAGCUCUCCAGUCGGGCAGCGCAUUUUCUUCCGGGCCGGGUGGGACGAACAGAUCCAGAAGCCGCGCCAGCAGCACCGGCUCGCGCUUCUCGGGCAGUCUCCCGUCGGCCGCAGAUAACUACCGGCCCAGGAGUCGUGCCCAUAGCACCGGUUCACGAUACUCAAACGGCAGCCUGCACUCGUCACGCUCCCACCGCGCCUCCUGGAACUCCAAGGACGUCAGCCAGUGGGACGCCGAGAUGAACAAGGUCGAGCGGGCCGAGUCCUGGAGGAAGAGCCUCCAGCGCAACUCUCUCCGGUUCCAGCCCCUCACCGUCCCUGGCAUGCCCCUCCCCGGCAGCAGCGGCAGACCCAUGUCGCCGGCAAGGGAGUCGAUGGAGGACGAGGUCAAGGCCGCCACGGCCGCCGACGCAGCCAGGCACCCAAGCAGGAUCUCGGAAGCCGAGGACGAGGACAACAAGCGCCUGUCGGCUGAGAACGAACCCAGACCCGUGUCACCGCUCACACCGUCAGAGCAGGAGGGCCCCGAACCAGCGGAGCCGAGUAAGGCCUCGUACAUCCCCUAG